GCGAAUAAAAGAUAAGAUAGCUUAUUGACCCGCAACCGAUUUCGGAAUCCUUCAAGACACCGAACGACCAGUUACUGUUUGUCAACGAAUCGUAUCGGCAGCAACGGUCACUGCUAAAAUGUGGCCCAUCGAAGCUUGUUUUAUCGCACUUGCAAUCGCAACGACGGCAUCCUCCCAGCCUUUCAACGGAACGGUCGGUCAGAAUGGAACUAUUACGAAUGUGACUCAUAUUACGCACAUAACCCACGUGCAGCAUGUCAUCCAUGUCCAUAACGGGACCAAUUUGACGGUGCCAAAGCCGUUCGAUUCCGGCAGCAAUCUUCCUCCACUUGCAACAGUUCCAACGCAAUUGCCGGCUCUGAACAACCCCAAUGUAACCUUACCGAUGCCUUUCAAUCCCGAGAAUGCCCUACCGCCACUGGCCACAACUGGACCACAAAUCAUAUCUGGAAUUCCUCUUUAUAAACAUCCGCAUUACGAUACGGCUGGAAAGCCUCUAUGGUUCCCGAGGAUCAUCGGUGGAACUCCAGCUACGUUGGGCGAAUUCCCCUCCAAGGUGUCACUGCAGACUACGCAAAACUCGGCACAUUUCUGCGGAGGAACGCUGCUCACUUUGAGACACGUUCUGACGGCAGCGCACUGCAUUACCGAUAUUCAAGGGGUUCCGAUGAGCGUUUCUAGGAUCCAAGCGAUGGCCGACGAUCUGAAUGUGCUCCCAAAGAUGGGAAGCGCAACACGGCAAGUGCGUCAGGUCAAGUCGUUGAACAUCCACGACAAGUACAAUCCGUCGACUUUGGCGAACGAUUUGGCUAUCGUUAGUCUGGAAAAGGAGUUCACGAAGACGAACACCCUUUACCCGUCGAAGCGUGCUUCCAGUGCACCUCCGCCCGGACAGCUUUGUGCCCUUGCCGGUUGGGGAGUUACUGCAGAGAACUCCCAGAGCAUCAGCCCUUCGUUGCAGCGCGUCAACCUGGAGGUUAUUUCGUUCGAGCACUGCAAUACGGCCUAUCAAGGGGCCUUGCUUAAGGGCAUGAUGUGUGCCUCUGCUCCAGGACGUGACGCCUGUCAGGGUGAUUCCGGUGGAGCACUGAUUUGCCAGAAUCGAGUUGCUGGAGUGGUUAGCUUCGGGUCUGGCUGUGCGCAUCCGACCUUCCCGGGGGUUUACAUGGACAUUACCCAUUACGAGAAGUGGAUUGGAAAGGCUCUGAAUGGAGUGGAUAGUUUGGUUGGAGCGUUCUCGAUGACUUUAUUGAUGGCGUUUGCGGUGACGUUUAGGAACCACCUUGUUUGAGUUUUGACUCAAAAUGAUCGGUUAGCUAUGAAAAUAUUCAUUAGAUUGAUGUAUAGGUAGCUAGGAAGAAAUGUGGAUAAACCUAAGAUUUUUUGUCGAAUAUUAAAUUUAUUUUGAAACCUUUAGAUAAA